UUCUUUCUUUUUUUUUUUACAGAAAAGUCUCUUAAAUUGUGUGUCACCAAGGAGAUGCUCCUUCUCAGCAUUACAACCGCCUAUACAGGUCUGGAACUGACGUUCUUCUCCGGGGUGUAUGGCACCUGCAUCGGCGCCGUCAAUAAGUUCGGAGCAGAAGAGAAGAGCCUCAUCGGGCUUUCCGGCAUUUUCAUCGGCAUCGGGGAAAUCCUGGGUGGGAGCCUCUUCGGCCUCCUGAGCAAGAAUAAUCGUUUCGGGAGAAACCCGGUUGUGCUGCUGGGCACGCUGGUGCACUUUGUAGCUUUUUACUUAAUAUUCCUCAACAUGCCCGGGGACGCCCCGAUCGCCCCCCUGGAGGGGACUGACAGCAGCGCUUACAUCAAAUCCAGCAAAGAAGUGGCCAUCUUCUGCAGCUUCCUGUUGGGUCUGGGAGACAGCUGCUUCAACACGCAGCUGCUCAGCAUGCUGGGCUUCCUCUACUCCGAGGACAGCGCCCCCGCCUUCGCCGUCUUUAAGUUUGUCCAGUCCAUCUGUGCAGCCGUGGCGUUUUUCUACAGUAACUACCUCCUCCUCCACUGGCAACUCCUGCUCAUGGUGAUCUUCGGGUUUUUCGGAACCGUGUCCUUCUUCGCGGUGGAGUGGGAAGCCGCCGCCAUCGUGGCCCGGGGCUCUGACUACCGAAGUAUCUGAUCCCGGGAGGCCGUGCGAGGGGGGAGGUCGAGUGAGGAGGGAGGCCGAGCCUCCGCAGCAGCCGGCACAGCGGAAGGACAGCGUGUGGCAGGGCCACCCUCACUCCCGCGGGGGGCGGUGCUCAGUGUGGGAAAGUGAAAGACACGGGCCUGCCGGGCCUGCCAGCGCCGGACCCGAGCUCACAGACAUUCACUCUCUAACGCGGGCGGAAGAAGGGAAGCUUGUUCUGCCGAUUAUAGUUGUUUAAAGAUGUUUUUCGAUCCGUCUACCGCAGGUUCUUUAUAAUCAUGUUACCAAAUGUACAUGUUUUCCUCUCCCUCCUGUUUCCUGGAAAGAUCUUGCCUCGAUUCAAAGCACUAGGCCACAUGUCACGUGGAGACUCGCUGGGCCGGGGGGAUGUGCCGCUGCGGAGUGAUGGGGGAGCAUAUGCUGCCCCACAUGUGUGUCUGGGACGACAUUGAAAUAAAUGGCAAGGUGCCGAAAUGGGAUCUCGUC